UGUGAAACAUUUGCUAUCUAAACACGUCGACAUGGGGAAGAUAAACACAAAUGUGGCACAGCCGCUGUUGACGUUGUUUACAUCAGAAUUGGUCUUAUUCGCGAUUCUGGACAACUGAAUCGAGAGUCCUAUUUAUUGAGCUGAUUUGUUUCUCAUCAAAGCCGCGUUGCUAAAGGAAAACUUCAUGGUGGUAACAACAUGGACAGUGACCUGAGUACCCAGGAUAAAAAAGACUUGGAUAAGUUCAUUAAGUUCUUUGCCUUAAAGACUGUUCAGGUGAUAGUCCAGGCUCGCCUUGGUGAGAAGAUAUGUACUCGCUCGUCUCCGUCCCCCACUGGCUCUGACUGGUUCAACUUAGCAAUCAAAGACAUCCCAGAAGUGACCCAUGAAGCAAAGAAAAUUUUGGCUGGCCAGCUUCCAGGCGUAGGACACUCAAUGUGCGUGGAGAUCUCUCUGAAGACUUCGGAGGGGGACUCGAUGGAGUUAGAGACUUGGUGCCUAGAGAUUAAUGAAAAGUGUGAUAAGGACAUAAAAGUGUCGUAUACUGUUUACGACCGUCUGUCUGUCCUUCUGAAAUCUCUGCUGGCUGUCACUAGAGUAACGCCUGCCUACAAACUGUCUAGAAAGCAGGGACAUGACUAUGUCAUAUUAUACAGGAUCUAUUUUGGAGAAGUUCAGAUGAGAGGAUUAGGAGAAGGUUUCCAGACGGUGCGUGUUGGUGUUGUGGGAACCCCCGUUGGCACUGUCACACUUUCUUGUGCCUAUCGCACAAACCUGGCUUUAAUGUCCAACAGACAAUUUGAGCGAUCUGCGCCUAUCAUGGGGAUUAUUGUGGACCACUUUGUGGACCCUCCCUGUGGCAGCCAGCGACCUGCAAAUAUGGGUCAGCCCUGCAACUACAGGUACCCAGUACACAAAGCAACAGACGACGACAAUGGUGAAGCAUUUGCAGGAGUUCAGGAUUCUCAGGAAGUUUGCACUACAUCCUUCUCCACUUCCCCCCCAUCUCAGUGCUUCUGUACACUGAGUCCUUCUCCUUCGAAACUGUCCAAGGCACUUCCUCUGGACAAUCCACAGUUUCCACUGGUUCCCGGUCUCGUCACUCAUCCUCUGCUAUCCUACCAGCCUCCUGUUCUAGCAGGAACUCCUGAGCUUUGCCACACUGCUGCCAAUCCAAGCCAGACGCUGCAUGCUGGGAAGGAGGACGGGGUGUUGCAUCCAGCGCAGCCCUAUCAUGGCACCGAAGCUCAUCUGACAGUGGAGCACAUGCCCAAUAUACCUGGCAGCCGUGGCGACAAUGACAUUUUGUCCCACAGCGGAGAGGGAAGGAGGAGCACCUCUCCCUCUGACCCAGUCGAGACUCUUAAUGCCUUGACGAGGAAAGUUGGAGCUUUUGUCAAUAAACCCAAUGCACGGCUCUCAGCCACAAUGGACCUGCCAUUUGCUGCGUUUGCUCCCAGAGGCCUAGACUCUGAGGACAAUGAUCCAAUGGUACAUCCUCCAGACUCUCCUUCCUGCAUGUCCCCUCUGCAGGCCAGCCUUCACUCGCAAGGCUCAGACGGCUCGGGGCAGCAGGAUGACUUUGUCAUGGUUGAUUUUCGGCCAGCUUUCUCUAAAGACGACUUGUUGCCGAUGGAUUUAGGAACAUUCUACAGGGAAUUUCAGAACCCUCCCCAACUGGCCAGCCUCUCGCUUCACAUCAGUUCCCAGUCGAUGGCUGAUGAUCUCGUAGAUUCGCUGCCAGAGAAACUGGCCAUCUACGAAAGAAACAUUGACGAGUUUGACGCCUUUGUGGAUAUGCUCCAAUAGAGAAUGACAGCAAGCGAGGAGUCACCUUUAUCAGUUAGUUUCCUGAUGUUUUUCAUCCCAAUGCCACUUGUGUCCCAGCUUGUACAAAACAUUCACUGUAAAUACAACUUCUGAGACUGACACGCACUUGGAUCCUGCUUAAAAUGUUCAUAAUGACAUAAAACACUGAACUUGUCACUUUAAACAAGCAUCCAUGCAAUAAAAGCAUGUCACUUAAAUGUUCACAGUGAAAAUCAGGGAUGCAACCUGCUAGAAUUACCUUGAGAAUGCAUUUAGCCUAACACAGUAACUAGCUGCUUAAUGCAUUUAGAGACAGUGUGUAGAAUUUGUCCACCUGUUUGAAGAACCAAUUUCAUUCUUUGGCUUUUGACUGACUUAUUGGUUAAUUAUUGUUUGGAUUUACUGUUUUCACCAUCUUUGUGAUUGUCCCAUUGCUUCGCAUGUUUAUAGCUGCAGCCAUUGUAAAAUGCAAAUAUAGAUAUGCCCAUGGUUAAAGGGGCAAAAGGAACAUUGUGAUAAAACAUUUUUUGCCAUCUUAUUUAAAUAGAUUUUUUUUUUUAAAUGAACAUUGACAAAUCAAAAUGUUGUCUACACACUGUCUCUUAAUUGUAAAGUAGAGGUGAUUGUUCUAGCUCCAAGUUGGUCUGAGGAUUUCAAUCAAGUGUCUACACUUUCCCCAGUAGUGUUGUUCAGAUAAAUCUACUCAAACUCACACGGCUUGCAUCAACCUUAAAAUGCAUGUUGUAAGCAAUCUGUUUUCAUUGUAAUGAAGCAUGGCAUAACACCCUACAACAUCUUAAAGGUGAAGUCAUUUUCUUAAUAUGUUCUAUGGACCUCCACUAGUAUUAAACAGCUUUCUGAAUGUUUUGUUGGUUGCGCAUAAAGCAAUAAAAUCCUGUUUUUAACCAUC